AUAAACUAGUAAUCUGUGUCAGCUGCUAGGAACUGCGUUCCAACUUCCAACUGCUAUCUGUGCAAAUAUUAUAGGAUUUAAACCAAUAAUUAGCAAUAUCUAUGUUAUAAUAAGAAAAGAUUACAGAAUGGCUUCGAGAUUUAGUGGUGCUUUACAGUUAACGGACCUUGACGACUUCAUAACUCCCUCGCAGGAAUGUAUAAAACCAGUGAAAAUUGAGAAGAGCAAAACUAAGACAGGUGCAAAAAUUAAAAUUGGCGAAGAUGGAUACUUUGAUAUAUCUAGUGGAAAGGAGCAGAAACUCAAGAAGGUAGAAAUAACACUGGCAGACUGCCUAGCUUGCAGUGGUUGCAUUACCUCUGCUGAGAGUGUUCUAGUUACUAAACAGAGCCAAGAAGAACUAUUAAGGGUAUUCUUAGAAAGGAAGUACACAACUAAGAAGGGUGAGAUACAGGACAUAAGUCUGAUAGUUGUGUCUCUCUCCCCACAACCCACUCUGUCUCUGGCAGACCGGUAUAAACUUACCACAGAAGAGGCUACUAACAAGUUAGCAGGCUAUUUCAAGAAGCUCGGUGCAGAUUUGGUUGUGGAUAUGACUGUUGCCGAGGACCUGUCACUAAUGGAGGCCCAGCAGGAGUUUCUGCAGCGUUACCGAGAGCAGCAAGCAAAUGCACCGGGAGAACAUCUGCCAAUGCUGGCCAGCUCCUGCCCAGGCUGGGUGUGCUACGCCGAGAAGACGCACGGCAACUUCAUCCUACCGUACAUAUCCACCACGAAGUCCCCGCAGCAGAUCCAGGGUUCCCUAGUGAAGACCCACCUUUCUCCCACUCGCCAGCUGGACCCGGCCUCUGUAUACCACGUGACCCUCAUGCCCUGCUACGACAAGAAGCUGGAGGCCUCUAGGGAAGACUUCUACAGCGAGAUACUCAACUGCCAGGAUGUGGACUGUGUCAUCACCGCAAUCGAGCUGGAACAGAUGCUGGACAACAGUGGGCUAUCUCUAGCUGACUGCACCUCAGCGGCUCUGGACGCGGCGUGGGGCGGCGCGGCGGGACUGCACGGCCGGCCCGGCUCGGGCUCCGGUGGCUGGGCUGACCACGUGUUCGCGCAUGCUGCAGAACAGCUCUUCGGCGAGAGCGACGCUCCACUCGUGUAUAAGAACCUCAGGAACCCGGACUUCCGCGAAGUGACGCUGGAGCGGGACGGGGCGGUGCUGCUACGGUUCGCAAUCGCCAACGGGUUCCGCAACAUACAGAACCUCGUGCAGAAGCUCAAGCGCCGCGCCUCGCCCUACCACUACGUUGAAGUCAUGGCCUGCCCCGGAGGUUGCCUGAACGGCGGCGCGCAGGUGCGGGCGGGGGCGGGGGAGAGCGGGCGCGAGCUGGUGUCGCGGCUGGAGGAGCGGUACCGCGCGUUGCCGCCCGCGACGUCGCCCGCUGCCGUUGCGGUCGUGCGGGACUGGCUGCACGGCGCCGGCUCGGACAAGGCGCGCGCGCUGCUGCACACCACGUACCGCGCGCUGCCGCCAGCCGACACCGCGCUUAAUCUCAAGUGGUAGUCAGGUGCUAGAUUCAUUACUAAAUAGGGACGAUAAUGAGACAGGCUUUAGCCGGCCCUUGACUAGCAAUUUUAUUGUGAAUAUCACCUAUUGCGUAAUAUUAUUGGCCGGCUUAUAAUAGUGCGUAGACUUUAUGCAGAUGGAACAAAACAAAGUGAUAAUACUUUGAAAGUGUGUAGAAGUGUUGAAAGAUAAACUUUUAAAAAUAAUUCAAAUUCUUGGCGUUGGGGCAUUUCUAAUAGAAACAUAGAAGUCAAAAGUAACUUUUUCAACAAAAGACACCAUCACUUUGUUUUGUAAUGCCCUGUAUACUCUAUAAGUUGUCUUGUCAAUCCACCUAUACGGGAUUUACCUCCUCGUAAACAAAGUUAGUUGUGGAAACUGUUUCUGUUACCGAAUGUCGUUUUCCGGCUUAAACGCGGGCAGGCCCCCAGGCUUCUAUAACACUGUGAAUGACUAUUGUAAAUAUUAAUAUAUUCUACGAAAAAA